AUGAAUAGCAUUGAUAGUUAUCAAAGCAAGGCAACAAUGAAUGCAUAAUCAAUAAUCUCUAAAAUAGCCACUCGAAAUGGAUAAGCAGAGUAAGCAUAUAUAACUAUAUGUUAGCAAUGGGUCAUUAAUAGCGGCUUUGGAUGAGGAAACUGUCUCUGCUGCUUGGAAUGCAUUCGGUAAUAAUAAAAUAAAUAUUAUAAAGGUCUUCAUGUUUCAAGAUAAUUGCGAAUGGGAAGAGGAGUUGCGGUGAACAAAUUUGGAACAUUUUCUUUUAGUGCUCCAGAUGUUAUAUUGGAUGGAGUUACUAAUCCAGUAGAAAGAGAUAAACAGCCACGUUAACCAGUUUUUCUUGUAGCAAAGGUAGUUGAUUAAAUUAAUGUAAGGAAUUUGUUAAUGGAUUCAAUCUAAAAACUGCUAUAGCAAUAGGUAGAUAAUUAAGGCCUUACAAAGUUUAGACAUCUGGUAAGAUCUAACAUGCUAUUGUAAAUUGGGCAGAAAUAGCACUAUAUGCAUCAUAAAAUAAGGAUUCAGCUAAAAUGGCUGUUGAAAGAGUAAUUAAAUCAUUAUCAGAUAUUGUUCGAAAUGUACAAAUAUUAAAUGAUAAUAUUAUAGAGGGAUGUAGUUGAAGUAGAAAUUCCAUGUGUAGGUACAUUCUUUGUUAAAUCUCAUUGUGCUGCUGUAUAAUUUUUAGAAUCUCUUAUGGAAAAUUGUAAAGUAAAAUAUUGCAUUGAUAUUCUCCUUUGUAGGAAAUAACAAAAAGACCUUUGUCAGAAAGAAAAUCAAAAGGAGAUAUGGGAUUAACAUAAUAAUACCUUUAAUAAUUAAGCAAGAGUUAACAUCCUGAAGAAAAUAAUCUUAUGAUUGAUGAGGGUGCCAGAAAUUAUUUAACUAAUUCUCUUGGAAUUGAAUUACCUGACACAAGACCUAAAACUGCUAAAAAUUCAUAAGUUUCUAACAAAAAGGGAGGGCUUAUGAGUAGAACUGUAUAAUAUAUUGAUCAAUAGUCUUUAUAGAUUGAAGUAAGACCUUCAACUCAAUAGAUUUCUAGAAUGGGAUUCUAAAAGUCAGUUAAUGAUAAAGUAUAUUCUUUAGAAAGAUUAAAAUAUUAUAUUAGAGAUCACGCAUUAAAUAUUGAAGAUGUAAUAUCAAAAAAAUUAUAUUAUUUAGUCAUUUUUAGAUCUUUGUUAAUAAGCAUUUGGAAAAACAAGUGAAAGAAAAAUUAGAAUGAAUUUCGAUGACUUUAAAAGAGCUGUUAAUAAAAUUGAUUUGCCUCUUAAUGAAAUUUAAAUUAUCACCUUAUUUUAAACUUUAGAUGUGAAUAAUGAUGGAUUCAUUGAUAAAUUUGAUUGGCUCAAAGCUAUCGUUGAUAAAAGUAUUAUUUGAUUUAAAUUUAAUAGAAUCUCAUGUUAAUUAUAUAAAGGAUGUUGUAUACAAAUUCUAAAUUCACACUGAUGAUUUAUUAUAAAGAAUGAAUUUGAAUAGAGAUCAUCCUCCAGUUAAUUUGUAAUAAUUAAAAUUUGCUCUUAUGCAUUUAGAUGAAUCUUUAAACUAACAUAAAGCGCUUAAAGUAGCGAAAGAAAUAAUGGAUGGAAAAGAAACAAUUAGUAUGAGUGAUUUAUUAGCAUUAUUCAAUACUGUUGAAGAAGAUGAUAAAAUGUAUGAUUUGUCUUGGUUUAAAGAUACAUUACAUAAAAUGAGAGGUCAUUUAAUUGAUCCUUAAAAAAUGAAAAUCUUAAGAUCUUCCUUUGAAUAUUUUGAUGAACAUUAAGAAGGUAAUCUAGAUACAGCAAAUUUUAAGACUGUUUUAAUGGAAAGUUCUUUGGGAUUGAAUGUUUAAGAUAUUAAUAGAUUAGUACGAUAUCUUCCUAAAAAUAGAGACUCAUUAAUUAAUUAUUAUGAUUUUAUUUAAAUGAUUAUGGAUGUUAACAAAUAAAUGGAUUAAAAAGAUACUGCUAAAGAUCUUGUUGAUUUUGCAUAGAAAAUUAGUAAGUAUUUAACUUAAAAGAAAUUCACUGUUAUAUAAUUUUUAUAAUAAGUAAAAUCAGGUUAUGGUUCUUGUAAUAUUGAGUCUACUGCAUAAUAUUUAGAGAAAAAUUUGUUUACUUAAUUAUCUCAUGAUGAAUGUUUAGAAUAUUGUAGAGAAAUGGAUGUAGAUGGAAAUGGUGUUGUUAGUGAUGAAGAUAUGAAUAUAUUCAUAAAAAGAUAUUCAUAUUUUAAUGUACGAAAAGAUUAAUCUUAAAUUGAACAGAUUGUUGAAAAUUUAAAAAUUAAACCAUAAACAUCAGAUAAUUUAUCAGCUAUUGAAAAAACUUGUGUUUAAUCUAAAUCUAUUGAUUUGAUAACUAUGGGAUAAAAAAAGAUGUUUUAAUCUUUGGUUGAUGGAAUGAAUUAAUAAAAAAGUUUAUUUCCUGUUGAGGAAUUACCAGAAUCUAAAUUUGAUUAAAUUCUGAAAGAUUUAAGAAUAAAAUUAAAUAGAAAAGGAAUGUCUUAUGAAGAACUUUUCACAUUUUUAGAUACUGAUCAUAAUGGAUUUUUAUCAAUAAGUGAAUUUUAAAAUAUUGAUAAAAUUAUGACUCUAAGUUAACCAGCCAAAGAUGGUUUUUUUGCCUUUAUGGAUAAAUAGAAAAUUGGAUUAAUAGAUCAAAAUACUUUUGUUAAGUUUUUGAGUAAAUCGAUUAUUUAAUAAAUGCCAUCUCUAUCAGAGGAUGAUUGGGAUUGGGAAUUGGAAAUCUUAUUUAAAAUAAGAAAUUGGUGUUAAAGAGAGAAUAUUACUAUUGAAGAUGCUUUUAGAACUUUUGAUAAAGAUUUUGAUGGUUAAAUAAACAAAGCUGAUUUAAGAACAUUUUUAAAAGAUAUAUUAAAAAUUGAAGAAAAAGAAAUUACUGAAGCUAAAAUAAAUAGAUUAUAUAAAUUGAUGGAUUAAUAUAAAAGAGGAAAAAUUACAUUAAUGGAUUUUAGAAGAUUUGUAGAAGAAGGAUUUUUUUAUGGUAAAAAUAAAUAAAUAUUUGGAUAAACAACAAAUUUAUCAGCAAAAUAAUAAUAGGAAUCAAGAUCAUCUUUUGAUUGGAAAAUGAAUGCUAGAUAAUAAAUAGGAUUAAUAAUAAGUAGACAUUAUCCAAGUGUAAAAGAGUCUUUUGAUAUAGUAUCAGGAUAUCGUAAGAAAUUAGUAUUUUAGAAAUUUAAGAAAUGGAUAGAUGAGAAGAAUGUUUUAUCAGGAUUUGAUUUAACUGAAAAAUUAGUAUAUGAGAUAUUUUCAGAUCUUGAUUCUCAUAAAAAGGGAUAUUUAGUGGAAUCUGAUUGGUUAAAUGCAUUUGCAUAAUACAAUUGGUAAGAUUAAAUGAUUAAAGAAAUUUAAGAUGCUCUUUCUACAUAUUUUUCAAGUAUAUAAAAUGCAAUUCAUUAUUUUUAAAUGGAACAUAGUCAUGUAAUAACAAGAGAGAGUUUUUUUAAGGCUUUAUAGGCAUUAUUUCCAAAAAGAUUUGUAGAAGGUGAUAUUGAAACAUUAUGGACAAGAGUUUAGAAGAAUGGAUCAUUAAGUAAUCAUGCAUUUGCACUGAUAUUUGGGAAAGGUGGUAAAGUUUAUGAAGUUCCAGAAGGUUAAUAAUAACAAUAAGUUAUAAGACCAAAGACUCAAGGGUAAUAUUAAUUUAUUAAUAAUAUAUUAGAGGCUUAAGUAUAUUACCAAUGGAUGAGAGAAAUUAAGUAAAUAUAAAUUUGUUAGAUAAAAUUAGAAGGUUUUUAAGAAAUUCAAAUAAAAAUAUAACAGAAUUAUUUAAAUAAUAUGAUGCAGAUAAUACAGGGUUUAUAACAAAUUUGGAAUUUCGUUAAGUAAUAAGAAGUUUGAAUAUGGGUUUAACAUUUUAAGAUAUUGAUAUAUUAUCAGCAAUGCUUGAUACGGAUAGAAAUAGUAUGGUGAAUUGGAGAGAUUUUGCUAAGAGAUUAGAUUUUAGAUAAGCAGAUAAUAAAAUAUUAGAGAGAGCAGCAAUUCAUUUAUAAAGAGUGAAUGAUCAUAUAUAUCAUUAUUUAUUAUCUCCAAAAGAUGCAUUUAGAUAGAUAGAUGCUUAACAUACAGGAUAUUUAAGUUUUGAUAAAUUUAAGGAUAUGAUAGAAAUGUUAUAUAGAUUGGCAACAGAGGAUAUUCCUCCAUUUGCAAUAAUAAAAGAUUUAUUUGAAUUUAUAGAUAAAAGAAGAGAUGGUUUACUUGAUUUAACAGAAUGGAUGGAUGCAUUUUCUAAAUUUUCAAAUCCUAAUGAAAAGAAAAGGUAUAUUAAAUAAAAUAAUAAAAAGACCAAUGAGUGCAAAUGUAAGAAUGAAAAAAUCAUCAUAAAAAUCAUUAAUGGCAUAAACUGAUAAAGAAUGGAUGAUAAAACAUAGUGUUUAAUCUCCAUAAUAAUAUGAAGGUUUAACAGAUGAUGGAUUAAUAAAUGCAACAAAUAAAUUUAAAACUUUUUUAAGAAAACCUGAAAGUAAAUUGACAGCUUUAUAAUAUGUUGGUAAUUUUAAAUAUAAUAAUAAUAAGAAAAUGGUAUUUGGGAGAGUUCUAAAGAAUUUGAUAGAACAAUAAAUGCAAUAGGAAAGAAUAGAAAAUAUCUUCUUGAAAUAUUUAAACAUUUGACUUAGAAUGGUCAGAUUCCACUGACUGAAAAUGUAUAUUUAUUUAAAUAGAUUUGUUAGUUAAUAAAAUAAGAAAUGGAUAAAAUGCUUAGAUCAUAAGGAAUCGUAGUAAGAGAUGAAUAAUGGCCAUAAUUAAUAUCUUGGUCUAAAAAGAAUGGAAGAAUAGAUUAUAAAUUCUUACUUGAAGUAUAUAAAGAUAGAUUAAAUGGUAUGGAUACCUAACCUAGAAUGGGGGAUGAAUGAAUGAAUGAUGAAUAUUUAUUAAAACAGCGGC